AUGGACAGAAGAUGGAAGGAUCCAGAUGGCUGGGGAGCGAGACAUAUAUAUGACACCGCUCCUUUCAGUUUGUGGGACAAGAUUGAGCGCAAGUAUCGUCCACCGACGAAGGGAGAAUUCCGGUGGAUUCGCAACAAGUUUGGAGAUGGAACGAUCUCGUGCUAUGGUUGGUUUAUAUGUAUCAAGAUUAACAACCCGACAAAUCAGGUUCCUCUCACACUAGGAUGCAUGCCGGUCAUGUUUGUCCAUGAAACUUUGCAUGAGCCCUUUCCUGAAGCACUUUAUCCCAACCCACGAUUACCAGAUCCAUGUCCUCAUCUACGAUGGCCACGAAUAGAAUUCUCAACAGAUGCAGAAAGCACCACCCUCCUCAAAGCGUUGGAGCCACUAGCAAAUAUACGUCCAGUUAUGUAUCUGCCUUCAUUGACGAUAAUCGAGCUUGAGUACGGAGAUAGCCGUGUUUAUGGACCCAGGUCACUCCCAGGGAUUGUUGCUGGGCGCACAACUAUAUACCACCACUCAGAAUCACCCGUCUACAAGUCGAUGAAGAGUUUGAGCGGAGAAGAAGCCCUGACUGUCACUCUUCAAGAAGACUCACCGCAGAUGUUGUUUGAAGGGAAAUAUAUCAAGGCAGGGUCAUGGGCCGAAACUGAUGACAUAAGUCUAGGCUUACUGAGCCUGUUUUCGUAG